AACACAAGAAUAAAAGACAGACCUUUAAAACUGAACCAUGCUUUUACUGUAGUAAUCAUAGUUUAGUAGUAAACCUUAACUACACAUCUCACUAUAGUAAACAUAGUUUAACCAUAAAAGUUAAGGUGAAGGGCAAAAUAAACCUUUCUUAAAUCCCUAAAAAUCAAAACAAGUUAAAGGAAAUUUGACGAGCUGCACGGAAAACCCGGAAGACGCCCGUGUCAGUCAUUACCAUGGAAACCAACGUCAACAUAAAGACUGACAGCUGAAACGGCAACCACCAGUUUACCGCAUUUCAAUAAAUGAACGUUACCGACAAUAAAAGAUGGAUACCGAAAGCUCAAAAAGCGCGAAUACAUCCAACUGUGAUCAUGAAAUUAAAAACAUCGACUGGAUCUCAUGCAAAGACUUUACAGUCGAAGCGGGAGAGCAACAGAUCAGACAGUACAUGGACACAUGGGACAUCAAACAUCCCGGCUGGCUGUACAGCGUUCAGUUUCUCCAGGAGCAAGAGCAGGAGUUUAAAAAGCAGUAUCAUUAUCGAGUCCAAUGGAGCAUCCCGACCCAAACAGCUCCGAUCCCCAGAGCCACAGCCAGCGUCUAUUUCAUCAUAGAAAUCUCUACAAUCAAACCAAACACGCUGCCUGUUGAUGUGCACUUUCUCAUUGAAUCAACCCGGUCCAAACAUAUUCCAGGCCGAACGAGGUUCAGAGAAAACUGGCUGAUGGAUGUGCUAGAGAGCAAGACUUUACUUAUGGACACUAUCGACUUUUAGAACUGAAAUCGAGCUGUCACUCUGCAGUGCUAUCUACAAACAUUUGUUAAAGCUAACAUUAUUUAUUUCAUAAUCUUUAAAGAAGAAUACUCUGAUGUUUUCAAUAUUUAUUGUCUGGAAAAAAUUGCCAUUUUGCCCAGCCUAAAUCUAUUCACAUGAUUCGACAUAAUUCAGUUAUUCUAUUCACUAAUUCUUAUCUCUACAUAAACAUAAUAAAUAUAUGAUGUAGAUAAAAAUGUGAUCU